GAUCCGCAGGGCGGGCCGCGCAUCGGGGGGGGGGCCCUGAGGCCGCCCGCAGUGCUCUCUCGCCCUGGUGUCCCCCUUUGACGUAUCCUGCCGCCCCCCGCCGCGAUGGGCAAGAAGAGCUUGCAGCACGGCUCGGUGGGCAAGAGGCAGGCCCCGAGCAACCGGGGACAGAAGAAGGGCCAGGGCGCGCUGAAGGCGGGCUCCGCGCUCAAGAGCUCCAACGCCUCCUCGAAGGCGGGGCGAACUGCACCCAACGGCGAGACCCGCGUCAGGAAGGAUGGCUCCCACUUCCGCUCCGAGAACACCAUCAAGCGGCUGCAGAUGUACAAGUCGAAGCCCAACAUCGCCAAGAUGAAGGAGCAGCCGAAGGGGCCGCGCCGCAUCCAGCCCGACCGGCGCUGGUUCGGCAACACGCGCGUGAUAGCCCAGGGCAAGAUGCAGGCUUUCCGGGAGACCAUCAGCAAGGGAGUCGAGGAUCCUUUCCAGGUGGUCUUGAAGUCCUCCAAGCUGCCAAUGUCCCUGCUGCGCGACACGGAGGGUAAAGCCUCGAAGAUGGAUUUGCUUUCCAUCUCGCCGUUCCAGGAGACCUUCGGCAAGAGGAGACAACAGAAGCGGGCAAAGCUCGGCAGCUACGACAUGGAGGGCCUCAUAUCCGCGGUGGAGCAAAAGUCGGAGGAGUACGACGACAAACAGUUGCAGCGAGCGAAGCUGGGGGAUACCGCCGAUACUUCGAUGGGUCAUGCGAAGGAGGAGAUCUUUGACAAGGGCACGUCUAGGCGAAUCUGGUCAGAGUUGUGGAAGGUCGUGGAUUCCUCGGACGUGCUCGUGUUCGUGCUCGACGCGCGGGACCCGAUGGGCACCCGCUGCCGGGCACUGGAGGCGGAGCUGCGGAAGAACCGGGCCCACAAGCACAUCGUGCUGGUGCUGAACAAGGUGGACUUGGUGCCCACGUGGGUCUCGCGGAAGUGGAUCCAGGUCCUCAUGAAAGAGUAUCCCACGUUGGCGUUCCACGCAUCCAUCUCUAACCCUUUUGGCAAGAACGCAUUGCUGAAUUUGUUGAGGCAGUUCAGUACCUUGCUGUCGGAAAAGAAGCACGUGACUGUCGGCAUGGUUGGCUACCCGAAUGUUGGGAAGUCCUCUGUCAUCAACACGCUGAAGCGUAAGAAGGUUUGCAAAGCAGCCCCUGUGCCUGGGGAGACGCGCGUCUGGCAAUACAUCGCUCUUACGAAGAGGCUGUACAUGCUGGAUUGUCCUGGCAUCGUGCCGCCGACAGCCAGUGACUUCAGCGAGGAUACCGCGAAGGUGCUUAAGGGUGUGGUGCGGGCAGAGCGCAUCAAGGUGCCGUCUGAUUACAUCGGCGAGGUGCUCAACCGGGUGAAGACCAAGUACUUGAUUCAGAAGUACAAGCUGUCGCCCGAGACGAAGUGGGAGGACUCGGAGGCGUUCCUCUCCAUCGUCGCGCAAAAGAUGGGCAAGCUCAGGAGAGGCGGCGAGGCGGACAUCGACGCUGUGGCGCGGAUCGUGCUGAACGACUGGCAGCGCGGGAAGAUCCCGUACUUCUCGAAGAAGGCCCCGGCGGCGGCCGCCCCCGAGGCGAAGGAUGCCGCGGGCGAGGCCGACGCCGCGGCGCCCGCUGCGGGCGACCAGGUCGACGCCGCGGCCGCGGCCUCGGCCGCCGUCCAGGAGUCGCUCAACGACCUGCGGGGCCUGAGCUGCUCGCUGGCCUACGACGAGGAGGACCGCCGAGGAGAGGCGCCGGGGGCGGACGGCAGCGGCGAGGAGGCCGCCAGCGACGACGGUGAGGCGGCAGGCACCGCCGGCGGUGCCGCGGCGUCGUCCGCAGCGGCCGCCGGCAGGAAGAAGCCGAAGAGGCGGAAGGCCUCAGCCGCGGCGGGCGAGGCCACGGCCGCGGAGGCCCCGAAGAAGAAGAGGCGGCGGAGAGGGUCCGGCACGGGCGGCCCUGGGGCGGGCGGCGCAGACGUAAGUCGCCGCGCGCGCCCAGUGGAGCCGGGGUCCGUGGACUGGAAGGCGGUGGUGGCGGAGUUCGGCAUGUGAGCGCCGCCCAGCUCCCCUCGACGAACAAGAACCGGCAUUUUGGGCGCGCUAUCGCGGAUUUCUCGGGUCGGUGCGGCGCCUCCAGCGCCGCCCCCGGCGCGCGGUUAGCGCGCCGCGGAGGGGGGCACAGCGCAGAUCCGAGAGCUCCGCGCGAACCGUCCAAGGUUUGUGUGUUUUUUUAUGCCGUUGUUGUCCCGCUGCUCCCGUGCGCCGAAGGGGCGUCGAAGGCGCGGACUUGCAAUAUUCCCCAGGCCGCUCGCUCCGCGAACGUGGGGAGCCCAAGCGGCGGCCGGGGGGGAUCCCUAUUCUCGGGGAGGGGCGCCGGAGCAGGGGCCGCAGUCGAUCCCAGGGCGGUCGUGGACGACAGUGCGCAUACAGUCUGGAGGCGGGCUGC